CCAAUUACAAUAGUAUUAAAAGACGGCAAUGGUCCUACAUGCCGGAAAAUGAAUUUACUUUUGUUAUUGGUUUUUGGCUUAUUCUUCCUUUUCCAAAAACGCCUCUAUUUAAACUCCUUUGUUACACUCUCCAAACUCCAAGCAUAAUACAAUCAUAGCAAGAAAGUGAAACAGAAGAAAACACAGAGAAACAAAGAGACUCUCUCUUUUUUUUGUUUGCAAAAGGUUUUGUAAGAUGGACGUUUUUGAUGGACUUCCUGACCCGAUCAUCGUCGACAUCUUGAACAAAGUCGGUGACGUCAAAACCUUACUUCGAUGCAGCUCUCUUUCAAAAAGAUUUAACUCGCUUGUCCCUCAGUCUGAGUCACUCACCCUCCGACUCGACCACUCAGUAUCCGAUUCACCCGUCGUCACAAGCAUUUUCCGAUCUUUAUUCAACGGUCUAGUUUCUCUUUUAUCCAAACCGGCUAAACCAAUCACAAUAACCACCCUCUCUCCGAGUCUCCCCUUCAAGAUUCUCUCCCGGUUCGACCGGAUUCGAAAUCUGGACGUAGAGCUUCCCGGCGGCGAUGUAAAGCUCGAGAAAGGUGCAGCCGUUAAGUGGAAAGCUGAGUUUGGGAAAACACUCAAAAGCUGCGUCAUCGUCGCGUUCCGUUCCGCCGGUACCGUGUCUUCUCCCGUCGCCGUAGAAGGUGAGUCAGACGCCGAGUUCGUGACUGGACUGAAGACGCGCGUGGUGUGGACUAUAAGCGCGUUGAUGGCUGCUUCGUCUCGUCAUUACUUGAUGAGAGAAGUCGUGAAGGAGCAUGAGGAGAUAGAAAGUUUAGUUAUGCGUGACAAAGAAAGAGAAGGGACGGUGGUGAUGAACGAGGAAGGGCUUAAAGAGUUAAGAAAUACGGAGGCGCGUGUGGAAGACGAGGAGCGCGUGGUAAAAAAUAAGAGGAGUGUUGUCCCGAGCGUGAGGAUGAGUAUGAGACACGCGCCGUCUCUUAAACUUAAGAGUGGUAUCUGUUUAGAAUCUGCUACGCUUGUGAUUGUUCGACCGAGCGGAGCGGAUUUUGAAGUUGGAGAUGAUGCUGAGUUGGCGACGGAGGCUUUCGUCGGAGAUUGUAUGUACGGUGAAGCGGUCGUCGCUUUGUUAAAGUGCAAGAAGAACGCUUUAGAGAUGAAUUCGUUUUAAGUUUUUGUUGGGUCUCGUAAUGGGCCUUGUGGGCUUUUUUGUAUUUUUUCAUUUGUAAAAAUGAUCUUUUUUUUUAACGUGUGUAUUUUUAUACUAUUACACUGUACAAAGUUGGCUAUUCACUACAAAUUUGGUAAAUCUAUGGGAGCAUAUGGAUUUGGAUCCUUGUGACAAAAAAAACAAACAAUAAUAUGGCAU